AACUCUUUUCCCUUGUAUCAACUGAAAGUAUGGGCCAUCUUCUUCUCCUUUAAUCUUCCAAAAUACUAUCCCUCCUUGAAUCUCCUUUUCUUUUUCUUUUUUUUAGAAAAAAUUGUUUUCUGAAAAUCACUCAACUAAACUCUUAUAAAUUUAUUUUAUCAACAUUUGUCAUGGCUGUUCUAUCACUGAAUUCACUGCCUAUCGGAUUUCGGUUCCGACCAACGGACGAGGAAUUGAUCCAUUUUUACUUACGGGCUAAGAUAAACGGAAAAAGAAAUGAUGAGGUUGAAGUCAUUCGUGAAAUCGAUGUUUGUAAAUGUGAGCCGUGGGAUUUACCUCAUAUGUCUGCUAUACAGACUCGUGAUCCCGAGUGGUUUUUCUUUUGCCCACUCGACAGGAAGUAUCCAAACGGCAAUAGGCUUAAUAGGGCUACGGAAGCUGGUUACUGGAAGGCUACGGGUAAGGAUCGUAAGAUUAAGUCUGGGUCCAGCUUGAUCGGCAUGAAGAAAAGUCUGGUGUUUUAUACCGGCAGGGCUCCUAGGGGGAAGCGAACUAAUUGGGUUAUGCAUGAGUACCGUACUACACUCAUUGAGCUUGACGGCACCAAGCCUGGACAGAAUCCGUUUGUAAUUUGUCGUCUCUUCAAGAAACAAGACGAGAGCAUUGAAGAUACUAAUGGUGAUGAAGUUGAUGUAUCUUCUCCUACUGAAGACAUGCAGUCUGAGUUAGAAGGACCUGAAGACUCACCUGCGCUGGAAGGGGUAGCCCAACCAAAGUUUCCCCAUAACAAUGGAACUUGUUCUGGGGGACUGCCAAAUGAAGUGGUUUCUAACGCUGUUCCACCUAUGUUAGAGUGCAAUAUCGUUGACUCUAAAGCUUACAGUGUAACUGGUCAAGUGGCAGAAAUUGUGACUGACAAGGUCGAUCAAGUUGGAGAAGCUUUGAAUCAUUUUUAUGAUCCCAUGGUGGAGCCACCGGACUGCAAAUUCUUUUCUCCACUGCGCUCACAGGUUGAAGCAGAGCAGGCUCCUUGGAUGUUCCAUCAAGUUGGGAGCAGUUUAAGUGCGGUGGAGUUUGAGCAUGAGACAAAUCAAAAUGAUGCUUCUAUUUCUGAUUUCUUAAAUUCUAUCCUUAACAAUUCAGAUGACUACUACAGUGUUGACUCUAGCAGUCAGCAGUAUUCAGCUAAUGAAAGUGAGACCCCUAAAACCAUGGCCGUUGUUGAGGAUGGUAGAAUACGCAGUGAACAAGAUGCUGAAGUGGCCCAAGUAUUGAUGAUUGGAAGCCAGCUUGGGAGAGAAAUUGCUGACAAAGGAACUCCUCUAGAGAUUAAAGCCACUGCCCAAGAUUGCACGAUUCCAAUAAACAAGGACAUUGUGUUAAAUAGUAAAGAAGAACCAAGCAAUCAUGUGACUACAACUUGUAAUCUUGAUAAUGCUAUCACCGGAAUCAGGAUUAGGCCUCAUGCUGCUCAAAGUCAAACAAACAUUAAGAACUCCGUGACACAGGGUUAUGCCCCAAGAAGAAUACGUCUGCAGUGUAAACUUCAAGUUGGCACUUAUUAUAGUGAAGGAAAAAAAGAUGGUUCAAAACCAGUUGUUACCAAGGACGUAAAAGUCAUGGAAGAGAAUAUAGCAUCUGGUAGUGAUGCUGCCUGUGGCACCAUGGACAUACCCCAUGAAAUAUCCCUUUCUGAAUCAAGCAAAAAGGGUUUUUUGAAGUCAAAGACCAUUGUUUCAGCUCUUUGCUCAAAGCAGUUUUCCACUAGCCGCUGGCAUAAGCAGUUUGCUGUUAUGUUUCAAGUAGCUGUGAUGUUACUCUUGCUUCUUGUUUUGGUUAGCAAAAUGAAUAUCUUGUAAUUCGAUGCUCUGUUUUUUAUUGUGUAUAGCUGACAUGUUUCAUUUAGAGUCCUUCUAUUAAUUAGGACUACGGUGAUGAUUUAGUAUUACAAUUAUGUGUACGAGUAUAUCUGUUCAGUGUAAUCUACAGAGCUUCAGUUUAUGCAGUAUGUAAGUUCUUUUUCCUGUCUUUUUUGCAUAUUGAGGAUACUAUGAGUAAUACCAUUUCUUUGUGUACAA